GGACUAAAUUGGCCCAUAACCUCAAGAAGUUGUUUGUUGCAUAAAAUGUGAAAUUCUGGUUCAAAUUAAAUACUAAAAAUGAGCACUGACCGGAAGUCCCUGAUUCGCCACACCCUGGUGGCUUCCGUGGGGAUUGGGUUGAUGUACAUUGUUUUAAAGAAUCGUGGGAAUUUACUGCGGAAGUGGCGAAGCAUCUGGGACAGGAAGAAUCCACUGAAUAGGCAGAAGAUUGAGAUUGUCAAUGACGUGGAGCACUGCCGGAGGGUUGUGGAGAUCCUGAGGAACCACUGCCAGAAGUACCAGGUCCUGGGAUUUGACUGCGAAUGGGUGACUGUCAAUGGGAUCAGGCACCCCAUUGCUCUCCUUCAGCUGGCCUCCCACACAGGACUGUGUGCCCUCUUCCGCUUAAGCCACAUCAAAGGUAUCCCGCUGGAUCUGAAGGAGUUGCUGGAACGUGAGGACAUUGUCAAAGUAGGCGUUGCUCCCAAUGAGGAUGCUCGGUUGCUGUGUCAGGAUUACUCAGUCACCGUGGCAAGUGUUCUCGAUCUCCGGAGCAUGGCUCAGCUUGUUGGGGAACAACCUCUUGGACUCAGCAAACUCUCCCAGAGCUUCCUGAACAUUGAACUGGACAAAGAUUGGCGUCUUCGUUGCUCAGACUGGGCAGCUCAUGAAUUGAAUGCUAAACAAAUUCAAUAUGCUGCCAAUGAUGCCUUUGUGGCUAUUGAACUGUUCAAAUACUUUGCCGGACGGAUAGCUCCGACAAAAGGAGGAGGUUUCUGGAACCCCAGUGGGCAUGAUCUCAAUGAAACUUUGAGCAUCUGCACGCCAUUCAUUGAUGUAUCCUUUAAGUACAAGAACACACCACAGCAGGGAUCGAGUAAGAAGAAUGGGAAGAAUUUCCUGAAGAAGGAAGCAGCAGUGAAGGAGAACAAGAGAGCCUUCAGCACACGUUCACGUCCUCUGUACUACAACUGCUUCAUGGAGGCACCCGAUGGGGAGCUCCUCUGUGCAAUGGAUGUCCGGAAAGCAGAUUGGUACAUCGCAAAAGGCCUCGCGGUGCUCAUAAAGGAAGAUCCCUACACUGUCCGGCUGGCUUUUGAGCCCUCAGGACGUGCCACAGGGAAUGUGGGAGACUUUGAUAAGCAGCUGAAAGUCAAUCAAUGCGUUGUAUGUGGGCAUGAUGAAUCCUACAUCCGGAAGUACGUUGUCCCGCGGGAAUAUCGCAAAUUCUUCCCUGUCAUCAUGAAGAGUCACUCCAGCCAUGAUGUCCUCCUGCUCUGCACACGAUGCCACCAGAAGAGCAAUAAACAUGACCUGGAUCUCCGGCAGAAACUCUCAGUGGAGUGCAGUGCUCCGCUGGAGAAUCAUCCGGAUGGUGCAAAAUUCCGGGAAGACACCCAACUCAAGAAACUAAAAUCUCUCGCCCUGGCAUUGACAGAGAGGAGAAGCACCCUCCCAGAGGGAAGAAUCAAUGAGAUGGAAGCAAGAAUCUUGGAAAAAUUCCCUUCUUGGGAUGAAGUAACUUCGGAGAGAUUGAAAGAAAUCCUCGAAAUGACCACUCUUGUGCCUAAUUCAUCCUACAGACCUCACGGGGAGAUUGUCGUGGAACACUACAAAGCCACCACGGGGCUCGUGAGUCUCGAGAAACUCUGGCGAGAGUACUUCCUGACCACAAUGAAACCCAAAUUCCUCCCUGAAUACUGGUCAGUGACGCACAAUCAGGAUAGAUUGGAGAUAAAAGCCGAUCGAGGGCGUGUAACAAUGGAGGAUUUACUUCAGGCUGGGAUUGGUACUCACCAAAAUGCAGGGAAUUCAGGAGAAAUCACAAAAACAAAUGAAGAAUAGCCGCUAUCUAUAUAAUAAAGAAUGUUCUCUGUGUAA